AAAAUGUGUAAGUGGUUUUUUGUUUUUGUGGUCAGUUCAUUAAAUAGGUUAGUCAAUUGUGAUAUUCCGUCGUCCAAAAUAUUAAUGAGUUACUGGUCAGAAAAUAUUAUGUCAAAAACAAAUGUAUCUAAUUCUGAAUAAGUAUUAUCCCCAAAAAUUUCUUUUGAUUUCUCCUCUAUGUCCUCAAUAUUACUCAUACUAUAGAUAUAUGAGAAAUUAAACAAACACACACAAACAUUUUUUUUCUCUGGGGAGAUUUUUAAAUUACUAAAUUUAAUAACUAAAUAAAAUUAUUAUAUUGUAACGUGACAAAAGUAUCUAUUUAUUUUUUGUAUAUUUAUGUUUAUAUAUAUAUUUGUGUUGAGCCGAAUGCGGACUGCGACGGCGUUUGUCGGUAAAAUUAUCAUGAUAAGGUGUUGUGAUUUGUUUAUGCGCGUGCUAGAUAGACAGCUGUGUACUACUUCAGACCGGUUCAUGGACGGCAUUUGUGUGUACAUUCACACCGCUCCUUUCCCAUCUUGAACGUCAUUUGCACUGCUCACCGCAUAGAUUAUCGCCUUAUGAUUUAAAUUGUUCUUAGUAAUUUCCGGCACUGGGUAUUAAGUUUUUUUAUGACCCCUACUCCAAAGGCUAGCCGUGUUGUCCAAAUGGACCGCCGGGUCAAACGUCGGACGUCUUGUCGGGGAAUAGCCAUAGUCGGAACUGGUCGCACUAUUUCCCGUCCGUAUCGUGAGUUUUCUGUUGUUAUGUGCGUUGCAACUUUUUAAUUUUUUAUAUAUGCUUUUCGAUGAUAUGACAUUAUUUUUAAAUCAUGCUGAAAUGGAGCUAGAAAAAAAAAAUUCUGUAAUAAAAAAAAUUGAAAUAGAUACUAAAAUUAAGGAAAAUAAUAUUAAAACUUUGAAAGAAGACACUGAAUUAUUAUACAAAGAGAAGACCUCAUUAGAGAAACAUAUUGAAAGCUUAAAAGGAAAUGAAAAUUUAUUAGAUAAUAAAUUGUCUAAUGCAUUGUCAGAAAUUGAAAAAAAACAAGAAACAGUUAAAGAACUUGAAACUUUGGGGGUACAAUUAAGAGCUGAAAUCCAGUCAUUAGAAUAUAUGAAAAAAUCUUUAGAAAAAAAAUUAGGGUCUUUUAAAGAACGUAAUAAAAUACAGUCUGAAAAAAUUAAGUAUUUAGAAAAUAUCAACAUUAAACUUAUAAAUGAAUGUAAUAUCUUAAAAGAGGACAAAAAAAUUUUAGAAGAUAGAAUAGAUACAUUAGUUAAAAAUGAAAUAUCUGAUAAAAAUUAUAUUGAGACACUUACCAAUACAAUACAAGAAGAACGUUAUACCCAACAAGAGAUGCUACAAAAAAUCACUAAAUUAAAUGAUUCGAAAAACAAUCUUAAAAUUAUGCAUUCAACUAAUGAAUCCGAAAUGGUAGAAAAAGUAAACAUUUAUCAAAAUACUAUAAAAAGCUUUGAGUCAAAAAAAGUAAAACUCGUUGAAGAAAAUAUGAACUUCCUGGAUGAUAUGACAUUAUUUUUAAAUCAUGCUGAAAUGGAGCUAGAAAAAAAAAAUUCUGUAAUAAAAAAAAUGGAAAUAGAUACUAAAAUUAAGGAAAAUAAUAUUAAAACUUUGAAAGAAGACACUGAAUUAUUAUACAAAGAGAAGACCUCAUUAGAGAAACAUAUUGAAAGCUUAAAAGGAAAUGAAAAUUUAUUAGAUAAUAAAUUGUCUAAUGCAUUGUCAGAAAUUGAAAAAAAACAAGAAACAGUUAAAGAACUUGAAACUUUGGGGGUACAAUUAAGAGCUGAAAUCCAGCCAUUAGAAUAUAUGAAAAAAUCUUUAGAAAAACAAUUAGGGUCUUUUAAAGAACGUAAUAAAAUACAGUCUGAAAAAAUUAAGUAUUUAGAAAAUAUCAACAUUAAACUUAUAAAUGAAUGUAAUAUCUUAAAAGAGGACAAAAAAAUUUUAGAAGAUAGAAUAGAUACAUUAGUUAAAAAUGAAAUAUCUGAUAAAAAUUAUAUUGAGACACUUACCAAUACAAUACAAGAAGAACGUUAUACCCAACAAGAGAUGCUACAAAAAAUCACUAAAUCAAAUGAUUUCAUAAACAAUCUUAAAAUUAUGCAUUCAACUUAUGAAUCCGAAAUGGUAGAAAAAGUAAACAUUUAUAUAAAUACUAUAAAAAGCUUUGAAUCAAAAAAAGUAAAACUUGUUGAAGAAAAUAUGAACUUCCUGAAUGAUAUGACAUUACUUUUAAAUCAUGCUGAAAUGGAACUAGAAAAAAAAAAUUCUUUAUUAAAUAAAAUGGAAAUUUAUACUAAAUUUAAGGAAAAUCAAAUUAAAGCUUUGAGAAAAGUCCAAAAAAAUUUAGAAAAUAGAAUAGAUACAUUAGUUAAAAACGAAAUAUUUGAUAAAAAUGAUAUUGAGUCACAUACCAAUACAAUACAGGAAUUGAUAGAAAAAGUAAAUAUUUAUCAAAAUACAAUAAAAAGCUUUGAGUCAAAAAAUAUAAAACUCAAUGAAGAAAAUAUGAAUUUACUGCUUGAAACUGUAAGUCAAAUAUCUCAAAUAAAGAUAUUAGAAGAUAAAAUACAUGAUUUUCAGUCUAAAGAACAGAAACAAUUAGAAAGCCAUAAUUUAGCUAUUGGACACUUUAAACAACAAUUAAAAAGUGCAGAAGACGUUCUAUUAGAUCAAAAGACUCGAGCUGAACAAGAUAAUGAAGUUUUUAAAUUGAAGGUUUUAGAACUUCAAAUACAACUUAAACAAUAUAAACAAAAGUACGAUAAAAUUUCAAAAGACUAUGAAAUUUUAAAAUUAAGUGGAAUCCAGGAUACUGAUAUUAAACUACAAAUACAAUUAAAAAAAACAGAAAAAGAAUUAAUCGAGUGCCAAAAACAAUUAAUCGAGUGCCAAGAAAAAUAUAAUAUUUCCUUAUUUGAAAAUCUUAACACUCAAAAUAAGAAAGCAUUACAAAAGGAAGUGAUAGAUUUUCAAAACAAUGCUAAAUUUUUAAAUAAUAAAUUCAGCGAAAAAGAAAAAACAAUGAUUUUUUGUAAACUUAAUUCUUAAUUUACCAAAAAAAAAGUAUCAUGGAUCAAAUGUUAAGACUUGAUAAGUACCAUUUACUUAAAUUUUUUUAUUAACUAUUUGUAUUUAUAUUUUACUUUAAUUUAAAAUGAAUAUUAUUUUGUCUAAGUUUAUAAUUUAUAAAUAUAUAAUAAAAAUUUAUCACUUGUGGCUAAUUAAUUAAAUAAAAUUAAAACUAUAUUAAAAAUAUUAUUAAUUUAAAAACUAAUAAAUAUUAAACUUAAAAGCCACAAAAAGUUACUAAAAAGUAACGUAUUUCAGAAACAAUGUUAUUAUCAACACUAAACAUAUACCGUAUGUGUUGUUUGUAAUAUUUUUAAUAUAGUUUUAAUGUUAUUUAAUAUAAUUUAUAAAAUUAAAUACAAAAAUAUAAAACACAAAUUUUUAAUUUUAAACCUCCAAUGCUUUAAGAAGAGGUAUUAUUGGUUUCCCAUCUUUUUUGCAUUUUUCUAUAGUUUUGAAUGCAUUGUCUACAAAUUCUUCAUUUUCUGUAUUACAUAAUUUUUUAUAUGUAGCUGAACGUUCAAUGUCAGCUUCUUUAUCUUUUAAAUGUAAUGCUACUUUAUCAGUCCAAAAUUGGUAAUGGCAUUUAAUUAAAACAUAACUUUUGUACAAUUUCAUCAAUCAACUCACACACUAUUCAUCAUAUUCUCUUUUUAACUUUAUUGUUCGAUCAGUUGUAUCUUCCUACAAUAUUUUUUGUAUUCAUAUAAUAUUUGUAUUUAUCCAUUUCUUCUUGGCAGUCCGUUAUUAAUCUUAUUUCAUUUUCAUUAAUUUUCUUUUCUUUUAUUAAACAUCUCUUUUUUAUAGUGUCGUUCUUCUUGGAAUUUAGAAUUAAAGUAAAUGUAGGAUUAUAAUACAAACAUUUUAAAAGAUCCAUUAGUUAAGAUAUUAUUUGAACUAUUGAUUUUUAUUAAUUAUUACAUAAAUUAAUAUGGUUUAAAUGACUCUAGAAAAAUUUGUUGUUAUUGCUAUUGAUACUAAUAUUUUACUCCAGUAGCGAUUGUCGAAAAUAUUCAAUAAAUCCGAUUAAUUCUUUAGAGUUACAUUUUAAAAAUCUAGACACGCUUCGAUUUUAAAAUUACCCUCUGUCGGUUACAAGGAUUAUUAGGGACAAUCGUGUUACUUUUAUAUAAUAAUUACUUAUAUAUAAUCAUAUAUUCUAAAAAUUGCUUAAAAUUACUUAUAUUAAAAGUCAUUAAUUAUUCAUUAAAAUGGAUUAAUUCGACGGGUCAUCUUAAUCAAUAAUUCUAUCAAAGACUUCUUCGCUGUCACAGGACCUCUCUAUUUUAAAUUAUGAUGUACAUCUCGAUCAUUCCCCUUGAAAAAUAUAAUUAUUUAAAUAUCAAUAUAUUUUGAAUAAAAAUUUGAUUAUUGCAUACUUACUCGUGUAUAACUAUUCAUUUCAAUAUUUCCAAACUUUAUUUCCCUUAUUUAUAUUUGAGUCAGAUAAUCAAGUAGUCGAGUAACUAGGUCAAUUAUUAACCUCUAUAGUGUAUAGUUGCAUUCGCCUGGUUACAAUUUUGCCAUCUCGCCAUUUUUCACAGCCAUUCAUAGCCAGUCACCACCAACGCCACAGCCACGGUUAAUGUCACAUUCAAACCACGACCAUUACUAUGACUUUUGUUGUUUUAUUUUGAGCCACAGUCCCUAUCUUAUAGAACAUUCAAAUCACAAGCCUUAACAUCUUCGUGUAAUUUCGUAUGUAGUGCUUGAUCACCGAGACAUCAAAUUACUACAAAUCGUACAUAUUUAUGUUCUAUCCUCCCUUUGGUGACUCAUCCCAUUGGAUGAGUAAUUUCUAGCUAUAAAAUUAAUUCCUUAUUACUAUUACUAUUGAAAUAUAUAGUAUUGUUAUAUUAUUAUUUUGGGGCCCCGUCCACAUUACAGCAUUGUCUAUUUAUUAUAGUCGUCAAGUCCAAUUUAUUUUAUUAUGGAAUAUUUGAAUUAUUAUUAUUUUCUGUAAAUCCGAUAUAUUUUAUUAUUAUUUUCCGCAAGUCCGUUAAAUAAUUUACUUUGUGGCAUAUAUAUAUAUAUAUAUAUUAUUAUUUUCGACCAGACCACUACAUAACGUUAUGGCAUUUUUGAAUUAUUUUAUUUGAUACUUAUGGCUUAUAAUUAUUCUGUUCGAUUAGAUAGACAUAUUUUUAUAAUGGUAAACCAUUGUAACUGUUUAUAACAGUAAAUUUCUUUGUAUGACAUAUUAUGACUUCAUUAAAUACGCAUUACUCAUAAAAUAGCAAUUGUUACUAAUAGAGCCAGCCAGUUAAUACUGUUAGACAUUUUUUUAAACAUUACAUUUGACACGCACAUUUCAUCACCAAUUUAUUCAUUAAUGGUAAACUUGAUUUGUUGCAGCACUAGUUAUAGGUCACUUUACUGCCGUGCUAAGCGAAAACAGGAUAACUCUAGUCAACAUGAUUUUUCAGGAACACAAAAAAACAUUUUUAACACUAAAUCAAGGUACCCUUUUUCCUCAAUGUAUAAACAUAAGCCAAAAGACGGUAAAUUCAUUAUUUUUUAUGUGAUAUACCAAGUCUUUGGAUUUACCGUGUUUUCGUUUACAAAACAUCAAAUAUAUAAUAUGUAAUAUAUAUAAUAUGUAUAGAACUUACCGUAUAUUUUCUUAUUUUAUAUUUCAAUUUAAAUGGGUUUUAAUAGGAAAUAUGCUAUUUUUACAUAAAAAAUCGGUGUAUAACCACUAAAUUUACCUAUAGAAACAAAAAAAAAAAAAAAUUUUAAUUUUGGAGUUAUCCUGUUUUUGCUUAGUACGGCAGUUUAAACACCCGUUACCUUUAGACUAAGAUAAAUCUUAAAUAAUUUGAAACGUCCCGCAAUAGGCGCAAGUCAGCCAACUUCAACAUGCCCUAAAUGUAUGUUUUUCAUUAUAAAUUACUGGACACUGACUUUUAUGAGAUGGUCACUGUGUGUUUUUUUUUUUUACGUGUAUUCAAUUUAUAUACAUUAAUUCUUCUAGCAUGCAUGUUUAACUUAAAUUAAGGCACCUAUUGUAAAUGUAUGCAAGUUUUUGACAACGUUUUGGCUACAUACAUUAGGAUAAUUUAACUAUUUUUAAUUGUCAAAUAUUAUAUUAUCUCUUUUAAAAAUCUAACAUUUUUUUUGUGCAUGCAUUGCUAACGAUUAUAUUCGGGCUCCUCACAACCCUUUUAUAUGUCACAUAAUAAACAUUAGCAUUCUGAACAGACCUUGAGAACAUUGAUGGUAUUACUUUGGGGCCCCGAGACUAUUCAAGAAGUUGACGACAGGGCCGGACUUCUCAUAGGAACCGCUUGGUAGCCGACGAUUGAGAGCCCACGUGAUGGAAGCUCCUCCAAAGCUCAAAAGCUUACGAACUUAGGAGUAUGGACAUCGAAUAUCCAGAGGUUCUUACUAAGAUGCUUAUGUCUCUCCAAAUAACUUUAUUUUAGAUUACACUUUUUUUAAUUAUCCCAAAAUUGUUUUAUUUUGUUAAGGCCUGAGGUCUGACCUAGAAUGUAGGAGGAGCAGCUAAUACGAUCACAUAAUGUGAUCGUAUCUCAUAUUAUUAUUGUAACGCCGACUAGGCUUAUAUCGUUGACACAGUGACACACGUAUUACUACAGGAGGGCAGACUGCACACAUAAACACUUUUAUAAUUCACGGCCAUAAUGAUAUAUCCCUAACGACAGUCGACUAUUUACCAUCAUCGCGACCAUUACUCUUGUCUUAUAUUUAACUUAUCUUAUCUACCACGUUAAUAGUGUAUGUGUGUAUGUUGCCGUCAGCUCCCUGUUGGAUUAUAUCAUCUCUAGGUGUCCAGCAGGUUGUACAAUUUAUUUAAUGUAUCUUUACUUAAUAAAUAUUUAUAUCGUUGUUAA